GUUAAUCAAUUUUAUAUUCUGCUCGAGUUCGCUUCGCAAAAACAAAAAACGAUACUCGAGAGCUGUAAGUGCUGUGCGGCUAGCUCUUAAAACACUUUUUAAAGUGAACUUAUUUUUCUGAGUGUAAACGAUUUGCAUGCGAUUUAAAACGCAUCAUAACGGUUAGAACUAAAUAAAAAGCAAUUUGGUUUUGUUUGUUUGUUUUUUUCUUCUUGCGAUAAAUCAGUGGAUAUAAAAUUGAAUUGAAUUUACCAAAUUUGUCUAAGCUUCGUUUAUAAAAAUGAAGUUGUAUAUACUCAGCUUUGUGCUGACAGCAUUAUUAGCGCUUACAACAGCGCAAUAUUAUGAUGAUGUCUCCCAGCACCUUGGUUAUGAUUAUCCAAAACCAGUUGUAAAAUUCCCACCACCGCCGCCACCACCGCAACCAACUAAAGGAUACUCCUAUCCAACACCAGUAAUUCCAUUCCCACCACCAACGAAGCCACAAAUCAAAUAUAUACCACCACCAACGCAACCGAAAAUAAAAUAUAUACCACCGCCACCGCAACCAACUUUACCACCACCACCUAAGUACAUACCACCGCCAGCACCACAACCAACUAAGGGUUAUUCUUAUCCAGUACCAGAAAUUCCAUUCCCACCACCAACGCAACCAAAAUAUGUGCCUCCACCACCACCACCACCACCACCAACAAGGUAUAUACCACCAGCACCAAAACCAACUCCACCAACACCUAAAUAUAUACCACCUCCAGCACCUCAGCCAACUAAAGGUUAUUCCUAUCCAGUACCAGAAAUUCCAUUCCCACCACCAACACAACCGAAAUAUGUACCACCACCACAACCUAUAAUACCACCAACUCCAAAGUAUAUACCACCACCGCCACCAAAACCAACUUUACCACCACCACCUAAGUACAUACCACCUCCAGCACCUCAACCUACUAAGGGUUAUUCUUAUCCAGUACCAGAAAUUCCAUUCCCUCCUCCAACUAAAAAAUAUAUACCACCACCACCAAAACCAACCCUGCCACCACCACCUAAGUAUAUACCACCUCCAGCACCUCAACCAACUAAAGGUUAUUCCUAUCCAGUACCAGAAAUUCCAUUCCCACCACCAACACAACCAAGAUAUGUUCCUCCACCACAACCUAUAAUACCACCAACUCCAAAAUAUAUACCACCACCGCCACCAAAACCAACUUUACCACCACCACCUAAAUAUAUACCACCUCCAGCACCUCAACCUACAAAGGGUUAUUCCUAUCCAGUACCAGAAAUUAAAUUCCCACCACCAACGCAACCAAAAUAUGUGCCUCCACCACCACCACCAACCAGGUAUAUACCACCAGCACCAAAACCAACUCCACCAACACCUAAAUAUAUACCACCUCCAGCACCUCAGCCAACUAAAGGUUAUUCCUAUCCAGUACCAGAAAUUCCAUUCCCACCACCAACACAACCGAAAUAUGUCCCUCCACCACAACCUAUAAUACCUCCAACUAAAAAAUAUAUACCACCACCACCGAAACCAACUUUACCUCCUCCUCCUAAGUACAUACCACCUCCAGCACCUCAACCUACUAAGGGUUAUUCUUAUCCCGUACCAGAAAUUCCAUUCCCACCACCAACACAACCAAGAUAUGUUCCUCCACCACAACCUAUAAUACCACCAACUCCAAAAUAUAUACCACCACCGCCACCAAAACCAACUUUACCACCACCACCUAAAUAUAUACCACCUCCAGCACCCCAACCUACCAAGGGUUAUUCGUAUCCAAAACCAGAAAUUCCAUUCCCCCCACCACUGCCAAAAGACAGCGGGUACUCAUACCCACGACCGGCGAUAGGAUUUUACUAUUAAGCACUUGAAUUGUAAAUUGUUCGAUUUUUGUUUAGCGUUUAGUGAUUUUCUUAUUAAAGAAAAAGCUACGAGAAAAUUUAAUUUAAAAUUUAGAUUUAAAGCUGUACCUGGGCUUGGCCCAAUAACGAAAAUUAGUCAUUGUAUAUUAAAGAAUAUGAAAGGCA